AUGUCUACAAUAUCUGGUAUUUGUGCAGCAGAAGGGUUUUUGAGCGACUUCCAAACGUUCUUAGAAAACACAGAUAUUUUUGCUAUGAAAAUCUCUAUUUUUCAAGAAUCCCUAAUAAAAAACAACUAUAUUUCAAGAUCUAAUGAUUUUUGCAAAAAUUUGGAAUCCGUACGGUCUGUUUUAAAUGACAUAGAACCAGCGUAUGUUUUAUGUAAGUUUCAAGAUAUGGACCCUAUGAAAAUGCUUUUGAUAUAUUAUGUUCCAGAAAAUGCAAAAAUUCGUGACAAAAUGAUUUAUGCAUCUACACGCCAUACAUUAGUCAAAUCAUUAGGCUCAAAUAAAAUUUUAAAAAACGUUUUUGCAAGCAACAAAGAGGAAAUAAGUAAGAAGUUGUUUGAAGAACAAUUAGAGGUACAGGUGAGAGAAAAUUUGUUGUCAGAUAAAGAAAAAGAUCUUCAAAAUGCAAAAAAUUCCCAAGAAUAUAUAUCAGAUUGCUUUUUUCAAAGACGACACAUAAACGACAAACUUUUCUUAAAUAUUAGCGAAGCAGCAAAGACUUGUAUUAAAAAACUCUCAGAAAGUACUAAGGAAUUUAAUUUUGUACAACUGGCCAAUGAUCCUUCUACUGAAAUAUUAAAUCUGGAAAUGACAACACUGGUAGAACCAGAUAAUAUUCAGCAUGUUAUAUCAUCAGCAUCACCACGUUAUUCUAUUUAUUCAUGGAAACACACUUAUAACGAUUCUACAGUAAUUUCUAAUAUGUUUAUUUAUACUUGUCCAAAAGCAUCUACCAUUAAAGAACGUAUGCUUUAUAGUUCAACGUGUUUAUUAGCUUUAUCAACAGUUAAGCAAUGGAUUCAUAUUGAUAAGAAAAUUGAAACAGACGAUCUUAUUGAUAUCAAUAAAACAAUGCUUUAUUCAAUUCUUCAUCCAUCUAUAGAAAAAAAAGAAAAAUCAUUCUUAAAACCUAAACGUCCUGGUAAAUAG